AUGGUCGAGCGAUUCCCCGAAGAGCACCAGGAACUCGCGACAAUGCUUAUCCCCAAGGACGACCGCAAGAAGAUCCACGAGUACCUCUUCCGCGAGGGUGUGCUCGUGGCCAAGAAGGACUUCAACCAGCCCAAGCAUGGCGACAUUGACACCAAGAACCUCUACGUGAUCAAGGCCUGCCAGUCCCUGACCUCGCGCGGCUACCUCAAGACCCAGUUCUCGUGGCAGUACUACUACUACACCCUCACCCCCGAGGGUCUGGACUACCUGCGCGAGUGGCUGCACCUCCCCGCCGAGGUCGUCCCCGCCACCCACAUCAAGCAGCAGCGCUCGCACGCUCCCCCCCGCGGCAUGAUGGGCGGUGAGGAGCGUGAGCGCCGUCCCCGCGCUCCCCGUGAGGGUGGCUACCGCCGCCGCGAGGAGGGCGGCAAGGAGGGCGGUGCCCCCGGCGAGUUCGCCCCCAGCUUCCGCGGUGGCUUCGGCCGUGGCCGUGGCGCUCCCCCUUCUUAA